CUGGUGUUUCUGGAUCAUAGCUAUGCCAAGCCGUGGAGUGCCCACCCAGAUGCCAGUAGUGCCCGCCCCACCCGCAUGCUCUUUGUUACUCCCCGGAGGCAGCACGAAAGUACCAUGUGAGUUUGGGCUUCUCUCCUAAGGGUGGCCAUUGCCCUAACUGGGCAGUGAUCAGAUUUGGAGAUUAGAGCGGAUUUUACUGUGGGAGAUGGUAAAGGGGGGGUGGGGCUUGGAUGUUUAAUUCAGGCAUCACUGUUAAACAUCGUGAGGUUAUCAGGCCUAUAUGUGGACACCUACAUCAAGACAUCUAAUGAGUUAGGAAAGCAAGAUGUUCAAAGGAAAGCAAACAACUUAGAUAACAGGACUUGUCUGGGAAGAGAAAUUGAAGAGGAUUGUUUCAACUGUGAAGAAAAAGACUGAAGAGUUGACUUUUAAACAUUGCCACCUAGGAUUAGACUCAUUCCUUUAGUCCAGUGAUCUGGCUCCAACACUGGCAGCAAUAACCUUUUUACAGUAAUUCGAUUUGCUUUUCCUGGCUUCACCUGGAAAGUUGAGGAGCAUAUGCCCCAGGACCUUGCUUUCUGUCUUAGCUUGUUACAGAACUGUCACCAUGGGUUGAUCUUAACCCUUCCUAGGUCUGGUUACAUAUUCAGCCCGCCUACAUUAUAGGCGAGUCAGAUGUCCCAAUAGAUGUGGAGACAGUCACGUCAACCCCUGUGCCACUUUAUGACAAUCAGAAGGCACGCAGCGUGAUGAAUGAGUGUGAACGGCAUGUCAUCUUCGCCAGGACCGAUGCGGAUGCACCUCCCCCUCCAGAGGACUGGGAGGAGCAUGUCAACAGGACUGGCUGGACAAUGGCCCAGAACAAGCUAUUCAACAAGAUCCUCAAAGCCCUGCAGUCUGAUCGGCUUGCCCGCUUGGCCAACGAAGGGGCUUGUAACGAGCCAGUGCUGCGCCGUGUUGCCGUGGACAAGUGUGCGAGGAGAGUGCGGCAAGCUCUGGCGAGUGUGAGCUGGGACACCAAGCUGGUCCAGUGGCUGCACACCACCCUGGUGGAGACCUUGAGUCUGCCCAUGCUGGCCGCCUACCUGGAUGCUUUGCAGACACUGAAAGGGAAGAUCCCUACCUUGAUUGACCGGAUGCUCGUGUCGUCCAACACGAAGACCGGGGCUGCUGGAGCUGAGGCCUUGUCCCUCCUACUGAAGAGGCCCUGGGACCCCGCUGUGGGAGUGCUCUCUCAUAACAAACCAAGCAAACUCCCCGGCUCUCCUCUCAUUCUCAUUGCCUCCUCCGGGCCCUCCAGCUCCGUGUUCCCCACCUCGCGCCGCCACCGCUUCUGGCAGUCUCAGCUGUCCUGCUUAGGCAAGGUCAUCCCUGUUGCCACGCAUCUGCUGAACAAUGGUAGUGGAGUAGGAGUUCUGCAGUGUCUGGAGCACAUGAUUGGGGCAGUGCGAAGCAAAGUGCUAGAGAUUCACAGCCAUUUCCCGCACAAACCCAUUAUCUUGAUUGGCUGGAAUACAGGAGCCUUGGUGGCCUGUCACGUGUCGGUGAUGGAAUACGUCACUGCAGUUGUCUGCCUUGGGUUUCCUCUGCUUACCGUGGAUGGCCCCAGAGGGGAUGUGGAUGAUCCCCUCUUGGAUAUGAAGACUCCAGUCCUCUUUGUCAUUGGUCAGAAUUCCCUGCAGUGUCACCCUGAAGCCAUGGAAGACUUCCGGGAGAAGAUUCGGGCUGAGAACAGCUUGGUGGUGGUUGGGGGAGCUGAUGAUAAUCUCAGAAUAAGCAAAGCAAAGAAGAAAUUGGAAGGGUUGACUCAGAGCAUGGUGGACAGAUGUAUUCAGGAUGAGAUUGUGGACUUCCUGACUGGAGUGCUCACUCGCGCGGAGGGGCACGUGGGCUCGGAGCCUCGGGAUCAAGAUGCUGAGAAGAAGAAGAAGCCCCGGGACGUGGCCCGCAGAGACCUGGCCUUUGAGGUCUCUGAGCGGGGCAGUCGACCUGCGUCACCAGCUGCCAAGCUACCUGCCUCACCCUCAGGCUCGGAGGAUCUCUCCAGUGUGUCCAGCAGCCCCACCUCCAGUCCCAAGACCAAGGUGACCACAGUGGCCUCUGCCCAGAAGUCCAGUCAGAUCGGAAGCACUCAGCUGCUGAAGAGACACGUGCAGCGGACAGAGGCUGUGCUGACCCACAAACAGGCUCAAGUUCCUGUUUCAUCAGAACAAACGGAGGAAGCCGAGAAAGAGGAUCUCAGGGUCCAGCUGAAGCGGCACCAUCCCUCCAGUCCUCUUCCUGGCAGUAAGACCUCCAAGCGACCGAAGAUCAAGGUGUCCCUUAUCUCCCAAGGGGACACAGCUGGAGGGCCUUGUACUCCUUCCCAAGGAGGAGCUCCAGAAGCCGCAGGAGGGAAGCCCAUCACCAUGACACUGGGGCAAGCUUCCACAGGGGCCAAGGAGCUCACAGGGCUUCUCACCACAACCAAGUCAAGUGCUGCUGAAGGGGGAGUCUCAGCCAGCCCAGCGUCCUCAGUGGUCUCUAGCAGCACUGCUCCCAGUGCCUUGCACACACUCCAGAGCCGCCUGGUGGCCACCUCUCCUGGCAGCUCCCUCCCAGGGGCCGCAUCAGCCAGCAGCCUCCUCCAAGGCCUCAGCUUCAGCUUGCAGGAUAUCAGCAGCAAGACCUCUGGCCUCCCAGCAAACCCCUCUCCCGGGCCAGCCCCACAGGCCACCAGUGUGAAGUUGCCCACCCCCAUGCAGAGCCUGGGUGCCGUCACCACGGGCACCAGCACCAUUGUCCGUACCAUUCCUGUGGCCACCACUCUCUCCUCCUUGGGUGCCACUCCUGGUGGGAAGCCCACAGCCAUCCACCAGCUGCUGACCAAUGGGGGCCUCGCCAAGUUGGCAAGCAGCCUCCCUGGCCUGGCUCAGAUCUCUAACCAAGCCUCAGGCUUGAAGGUCCCCACCACCAUCACUCUGACACUACGUGGCCAGCCCAGCCGAAUCACCACACUGAGCCCCAUGGGCUCAGGAGCAGCCCAAUCAGAAGAGCCCACCUCCCAGGCGCUGCCCUCCAGCUCACAGCGCCUGCCUCCAGCGCCCUGAAGAUGCCAUGCGAUAUGUCCUCCUUUACCAGGUUGGUGACGGCUGCUGCACGGUGAGGCCUGGCACGUGUGCUGUCCUGCUGAGCUGUACACUUGUCUGAAGACCUCUUUAGGACAGUCAUUUUUGCCUCUCUGCCAACUGUCUUCAGGACUGGGCCUCUGGGUCUUACGUAACCAUUAGACAAGGUGAUAUGGCGCCAGCAGGGGGGGGCCUUGUCCUUUAGCAUCUGCAGGUCUGGUUCCCAGAAUCUCCAGGUCCUCAGCAGAUCUGGCCGUGUAUGGAUUGGAGGCACUUCUUCCCCAGCAUUAGCUGUAACUUGACCCAAGUAGCAGUGUGGGACUGCUCACUGCAUUUUAAUAAAGGAGCUCCCCUUCGAAGUCUGUACUGCCCCGUGCCAAGUUGGGAGGAGAUGUCCGUGUGGUCUGGGACUGAGAGCCCUGUGCUGAGGACCGGGAUCAUUCUGGCCCACUGGCCGGUGGUUCAGUGCCAGAAGGGCUUGUUUUGCACAUCACUGUUGCCUUCACCAAGCAGCCAUGGGAGAGUGCUCCCCGUGCAGCUCCCUCCUUACGAGCCACACUGGAUACUGAGUACCUGCUGAGACCUGGGAACUCCUCAUUUCAAACCCACGAUAGGGCACAGAGAACUGGGCUGUCAUCUUUCAGUCCCUUUGGUCACCUGUAGAUGUUGGGACCAGCAGUCGCCAGGAGGUGAAAGCUGGCUUCUUUCUUUUUUCCAUCAUGCUUUGGGCAGUUCUUGUAUCCAGAAAGCCUGCAGGUCCAGAAAGGCUGAAGAAGAGGAAGGGAACAGCAGAUGAAGUGGCUUGAAGGACACGUCAGUGGUGAAAGCGAUUUGGGCUUGAGGCUUAGCAUCUGGUACCUAAGGAGCCGUUGAUUCAACUGGAGAUGAGAAGAAUUUGCCAAGCCAGAGGAGAGAAACCUCAGCCCCUGAAAUUUCUGUCUCCAGUGCUUGGAAGUGGAACAGGGAUAACUGCUAAGUUAACAUCCUGGCCGUCCCAUGAAGCUCAGGCAUCAGGAUGACGAAGGCCGUGCUUCAGUGUUUCUGUUUCAGCUCUGUGCAACUUUUUGUCCUCUUGCUUAGAAGUGGGAAAAUUAUUGGUAUUGACUCUGCUGUGCAGGGCUCUUGGUACCAGCCUGAGCCCUGGAGGUGGAGGUCCCUGGAGAAGUGAUCACUGAAGAUGGAGCUCUGAGCACCUCCUUACCUCCUCACAAUACUUGUGUGCAAAAAGUAUUUUAGAUUUGGCUGACAGCCUGUCCUCCAGAGCAGGCUCCUUUCCCUUCCAUACUCUAGAAUGUUCCAGCCAAGGCGAUGAAUAAGGCAACCCAGAUAUAACUCUUCAGUAUCUGUACUGAAGGCAGGGAGGGCCCACAGCGUACCGUGGCUGGACUUGUGGUCCAGGGUCCUGACCCGUAUUGUGCAUUGUAUAUCCAAACCAGGCCACCUGCAUUCAAUCCAGGAGCCUCACCUCCAGUAUGAGUGGCAGCCAGGAAGGAGUACACAGUGUGCAGGAGUCUCAGACAAGGCCAUUUGGGGUGGUACAGGCAGGGCCAGGGGAGUGUGUAUGAUAGGAGUGGAGUGGGCAGAUUAUACACCAUACGCUUCCUCCCCAACCUCCUGCAGAGCUGGUCUCAGCAGUGAUUCACACAGAAUUAGGCUGCGUCCCUGUACUAGCUGGCAGGUAGCUGCUUUCUGAAAUUCAGGAGGCGUUUAGUAAGUUGGAGGAAGAUACGAAAUCUGAAAGAGACAUCCAGUGUCAGGGGUUUAAUAACUUUACAGGUAAGAUAGUAACACACCAAUAGGAAUUGAGGACGGUGAAACUGAGACUAUGUGAAGUUUUAGGAAUCAUUCAGGACAGAGGUUCCUGAACAACCCAUUCAUGACUUAAGAGUGCAGUCUAGACAGCACUGGAGCGGCUGCUCCUGAAAGAUGCUGGCCCUGUGUGUGCUGGGGCCAAAGGAGAAACUAACGCAUCAUCCUGCAUUUGCGUAAAUCCUAGUGUGCUUCCCAUGGAUGAUUUCCUGAGGCUUGUGUGUACACCUUGAAGAAUGCCAAAAGGAGAAGGGAAGUUGUAAGAACAUUGAUUCUUCUGCACCCUGGAGGGACAGGCUAAAGGAGGAAGUGGUUGAAGUCUAUACAGUCGUGUUCCCCAAUUCCAUACUUCUGCAGCCCUUGAAGUGUAAAAGGAAGCUUUCCUCUGCCUAUCAUGUAGCAAACCUGGAGUCCAUAACCUCAGAAGGUGAUAACUACUGGCCGAAAGUGUAGAAGGAUCAAGAGGGCUUUAGUUGAUUUCUCGGAUGACAGAUACAUGUUGAUGCUCUAUGGAAGAUGUCCUUGUCUUGAGAAGAGGUCACUGAUGGAGGAAGACCUGUCUGUCCUUGGCUCUACCACUAGAACAGUCUUGGGCUGGAUGGGUUAUAGAGCUGAGCUGCUGUGACGGUUCUGUUCUUCCAUUAGCCAAAACAAUUAAAAAUAAAAACAAAUUUGGAUUGCUUCAAUG